UUUUUACCAUAGUCACCAAGGAGCUAGUUAGCUGGAUGAGAGGACACGAAUCAUCAGUAUUUUCAAUCUCUGUGCAUGCAUCAGGGAGAUAUGCCAUCACCACUUCUUCUGAUACAGCACAACUGUGGGACUUGGAUACCUUUCAGAGAAAAAGAAAACUGAAUAUUCGCCAGUCAGUGGGCAUACAGAAGGUUUUCUUUCUUCCUUUAAGUAAUACCAUCCUCAGCUGUUUUAAAGAUAAUUCCAUCUUUGCCUGGGAAUGUGAUACUCUUUUUUGCAAAUAUCAAUUGCCAGCUCCACCUGAAAGCUCAAGUAUUAUAUAUAAAGUGUUUGCUGUGACCAGAGAUGGUCGAAUCCUGGCUGCUGGAGGCAAAUCAAAUCACCUUCAUUUGUGGUGCUUGGAAGCUACACAGCUCUUCAGAAUUAUCCAGAUGCCAACUAAAGUUAGAGCCAUUCGCCAUCUGGAAUUUCUUCCUGAUAGUUUUGAUGCUGGUUCUAAUCAGGUUCUUGGAGUGCUAAGUCAAGAUGGUAUUAUGAGGUUUAUCAAUGUACAGACUUGUAAACUUCUCUUUGAAAUUGGAAGCCUUGAUGAAGGAAUUAGCACAUCAGUAAUUAGCCCACAUGGACGAUACAUUGCAUCUAUUAUGGAAAAUGGAAGUCUGAAUAUAUAUUCAGUUCAGGCUUUAACACAAGAAAUAAAUAAGCCGCCACCUCCUUUAGUGAAAGUAAUCGAAGAUUUGCCCAAGAAUAAACUGAAUGCCAGUGAUGUUAAGAUGAUGGUUCCUUCAGGAAGAGUACAGCGGCCAACAAAAUCCAGAGAUAGCAAAAUUCAGACUAGAAUAUUAAAACAAGACCUCACUGGUACUUUUGAAAAUAAAGAGAAUGAAUUGUCAGAUGGAUUAAACAAAAAACGUUUACAAAUCUUAUUAAAAGGCUAUGGCGAAUAUCCAACAAAAUACAGAAUGUUCAUUUGGCGUGCUCUACUACAACUGCCGGAAAAUCAUACAGCAUUUAGUAGCCUAAUAGAUAAAGGUAUUCAUGAGGCAUUUAUCAACCUUCAGAAGCAAUACCCCAUCAAAAGUAGGAAACUACUCAGAGUAUUACAGAGAACCCUGUCUGCUUUAGCUCAUUGGUCUGCCAUCUUUAGUGACACACCCUAUCUUCCACUUUUGGCAUUUCCGUUUGUAAAAUUAUUCCAGAACAACCAGCUUAUCUGUUUUGAAGUCGUUGCUACUCUCAUAAUCAAUUGGUGUCAACACUGGUUUGAAUACUUUCCUAAUCCUCCUAUCAAUAUUCUUAGUAUAAUAGAAAACAUUUUAGCAUUUCAUGACAAGGAACUGCUGCAGCACUUCAUAGCUCAUGAUAUAACAUCUCAGCUGUAUGCUUGGCCUCUUCUUGAAACUGUGUUCUCAGAAGUACUGACAAGAGAGGAAUGGCUCAAAUUAUUUGACAACGUCUUUUCCAACCAUCCCUCCUUUCUGCUGAUGACUGUGGUAGCCUACAACAUAUGUUCUAGAGCUCCUUUGCUCAAUUGUACUCUUAAGGAUGAUUUUGAGUAUUUUUUUCACCAUCGGAAUAACCUGGAUAUAAAUGUUGUGAUUAGAGAAGUUUAUCAUCUCAUGGAAACCACGCCUGCUCACAUUCACCCAGACAAUGUGCUGGAUGUUUUUGUUGCACUGACAAAAGGACAAUAUCCAAUAUUUAAUCAAUAUCCAAAGUUUAUUGUGGACUAUCAGACACAGGAACGAGAACGAAUAAGGAAAGAUGAAUUGGAUUACUUGAGAGAGAGGCAGGCAGUUGAAGAUAUGCAUGCUGAAGUGGACCAGCAAAGAAUCAAAGAUGAAGCAUGGUACCAGAAACAAGAGCUGCUCCGUAAAGCUGAAGAAACAAGAAGAGAAAUGCUCUUGCAAGAGGAGGAAAAGAUGAUGCAGCAAAGACAGAGAUUAGCUGCUGUGAAAAGAGAGCUGAAGAUAAAGGAAUUAUACUUACAAGAUGCUGCUAGAAGGCGUUUUCUGAAGCUUCAGCAAGAUCAACGUGAAAUGGAACUACAAAGACUGGAUGAUGAAAUUGAGAGAAAGGUACAAAUGAGAGAUCAAGAAAUUGCUACCACAACCAAAGACCUAGAAAUGAGGCAGCUGGAACUCGAAUCACAAAAAAGACUUUAUGAGAAGAAUCUUACUAGUAAUCAAGAAGCUAUUGCAAAAGAAAUUAAAGAAGAUGCUGAUGCCUAUAGGCGAAAAGUGGAUCUUGAAGAACACAUGUUUCAUAAGCUAAUAGAAACUGGCCAGACUCAGAGCAGAAAGACCCAGAAGAUAAUUGAAGAAAAUUUGGCAAAAGCUGAACAAGCAUGCUUAAAUACUGACUGGCAGAUUCAAAAUUUACAUAGACAAAAAUCUAAUGAUCUACAAAGAAAUGAAGGUUACCGAGAAGUAGCCAACCUCCUUCGGAAGAACAGAAGGAAAGAAUCAGAGGUAUUAAAUGCAAUGAUGGAGGAGGAAGCUAAGAAGUGGAAGGAAGCUGAAGAAAAAGGGUUUCAUUUGAGAUCAGAAAAGAAAGCUUCUGCCCUUUCGGAUGAAUCCAGAAAGUGGUUUUUACAGCAGGAGAUGAGUGCUGCCUUAGAACAUGCUGAAAAUCCAUGUAAUAAAGAAGUGCUCCAGUUGCAAAAUGAACGGGUUACGUUGAGCAGUUUGCCUAGAACCUCAGAAUUAAAUGACAUUUCUGAUAUGGAUUCCUCAACACAGAUUUCUUUAAAUAGAAAAACAAGAGAAUGGGACAGCAUGGAGCAGAAUCUUAUCAAGAAAGUAAGAAAUCUCCGCCAGAGGCUCACCGAGCAAGCUCGUGAGAGAUGUCGGACCCCUCACCUUUUAACUAUGUAAAGACAUGUCACCUCAAGAUAGUCAGAGGGAGAUACCUAUUUACAAUCAAUGACACUGAUUUUUAUAUUGUUUAUUUUAAAUUCCUAUGGAGACCAUCCUUCUGUAUAGAAAAAAAUGUGUUCAUAAAAAUUAUGUUUUCUAUUUAAUUCUAAUACUUUUUGACUUACAAAUGACUUCUUGAACUUUUCACAGUAAAAGGUUUUUGAAAACUCUUAA